GUUGUCCUAUUUCUCAAGCGCAUGUGCAGUAGGCAUUGAUAAUUUGUAAACUUCCUGUCAGAUCACAAGACAUGGCGAGCGACACUUGGUUAGCUGAAUAUGAUGCCUGUGCAAGGCUUGGGCAGACUCUUAUGGAAAAUAUUACAGAAAGGAAUCGACACAAUAGGACCAGCUCACAAUACACCAAGCUUUCUGCACAAGUACGGGUGUCCAUGAAGCAGUUUACUCAGUCACUGAACAAGCUAAAACAGAAUCUGAUCAGAGCCUCUUCGUCAUAUCAUAUCACACAGAGAGAAGUUGAACGUCGACAGAUGAUGAUGGACAAUCUAACUACCAAAGAGAAACAGAUAGACCAAGCUUUCAAAAAUGAGACCAUUGAGUCGAGGUCUUCAUUAAUGGGAGCCAGUGGAUUUGGAGGGAGGGAUCCAUGGGGAGUGAGAGAUGAACCAGAGGAGUAUGAGGGAAUGGACAACCAUGGCAUAGCUCAACAGCAGAAAACCAUUAUACAAGAGCAAGACAGAGGGUUAGAGUCUCUCUCAAAAGUAAUCUCACGACAGAAAGAGAUGGCCAUAGACAUUGGAAAUGAAGUGGAUAUUCAAAAUGACUUGAUCGAUGACAUUGGUGAUCACAUGGACCAGACCAAGGAACGCCUUGUUAAAGAGACCAGACAUGUGCGUUUGGUGGAUAGGAAGUCUGCUACAUGUGGAUACUGGGUCGCCAUCAUUCUGAUUUUCCUGACCAUUGUUGUCAUACUGAUUGUGCCUUACGAUGGGAAGGGAGUGUAGCAGGUGGAUAAUGUUAGCAAGCCUCAUUCUGGAGUAAAGGUCAAAGUACAACAUGUAGUGGAAUUCACAAAGACACAGACUUGGAAAGUGCUUUAUCUCUGUGAUAUUGAAAUUGAGACGUGAAUAUGUGCAAUCAUAAUUACAGGAAAAACACUGUACCCAGAGUGCAUUUGAUGUGGAUUUUUUUUAUCAAUAUACAGAAUUUUCUUCUAUUUAUGAACACAAUAGAGCGAUUUAAAUUGAAUUCAUAUACAGAUAUUCAAAUAACAAUUUACUAAGUCUUAGACAGAACAUUUGUUCUUGGGUGCAGCAGAAGAAUGUUAACAGUAGAGUAUAUUGAAACAUGAUGAAAAUGUGUCCUAUGGUCCCCUUUCAUAAAUAUGCAUAUGUGAAUAUGAUGCAGUGUAUAUUUAUUACUUUUAAUAGUACAAUAAACAUCUUAUUGGUACACGA